AUGGACAUUCUGUACGAUGUGACUGGAAGUCAUCCUACCUCUUCUUACAACGUUAUCAUUUGUGGAACAACGGGAUGCAAGAAUACCGCAGUACUCGAAUGGGCCGAAACAUGGACCUGGCGACAAAGACCGGCAGGUUCCAGAGGUCAGAAAGCUCGUGGACUCUGUGUCGGCCGCUUGACGCAAAAUUCUGUAACCCCCAGACCUCUAACUGGCUCUGGCUCAAGCCCUGCAUCAGCAUCUAGCAACGAGGCUGCUUCAAGUCUUGAUUUCAUAGCGCCGACAUGCCCUAGGCGGCUGCCCGUUGUCGUGGAUGUCGACGACUUGAUCGCAAAGCUCAUCCUCGACGUCAAUGAUCUUGAGUCGUACGCCUUGGCAGCAUCUGUGUGUGCUGCGUCUAUCGCUCAACUUCGGCUGCCAGAACAUACAGAAUUGUGCGAGGCGACCAUUUCAUCCUACCGAUUCGCUAGGGACGCUCAAACCAUUAGGGAGCAAUACGACUAUCGGGAGUGCCAAAAGCUAUCAUCGAUACUGACGCCAUUCUUCCUCCAUAUUUACUUUGCAAAUGCAUCAAAGAUCAGAACUGCGGCCGUAUAUCUAAGGGAGUCGAUAUCAUCGGUGCAUUGGUUGGGGCUUGAUCGGCAAGAGACAUAUGAAUCACUAGAACAAAAAGAGGGGUCGCUGAAGCUGCGGAUAUUCUGGAUAUUAUUCAUAUCGGAAAGGACGUUUUGCGCCCAAAACUGCUUUCCGGCGUUGCUGGUGCCCAUCGACCAAAGGCCACCAUGUGAAGAGACAGAUACCGAAUUCGGCUCCAUUACGCGGGCUUUUUCAUCUCUCACCCAUCUCUUUUCGCAUCUAAAAAGCAAUAUCAUGGAAACCUCAUCGUCUCAUAGACCGGUCCUGGAUCCUGACAAAGUGGCCAUUGCUCAGUCGGACCUUUGUGCCCUUGCACUCAACUCGUCCUUCACCGAAGUACAGCAGGUGGAUUUGUUUGUAACGCGGCAGUGGAUCAGGCUUCUCAUAUGGGAGUAUACCAUGAGACACUACAAAAUGUCGCGCAACUCAUCAAAUCAAGCGUUUUCAUUGCUCCUGCCAGUAACCAUCGCCCGAGAGCUACUCUGCCUUUUCCCGUCUGUAUCGGCAGAUUCAAUCUUUGCACACGGUUAUGGAAUGGAGCUCAAAGUAUUCCGAAUGGCCGAUGCGUUGCUAGAUAUCCUGGCUUGUUCACCCGGCUCAACCAAAAAAGAUGGUAUAUGUGCGGGAAUGGGCGAUAUUCUACAUUCAUUAAAAAACGUCCUGUUGGAAAUUGGAGGAGUCAGGUCGAGCUUUCUUGAUAAGUUGCAGGUUCGCAUGUCUAACUCGGAACUGGCAAGGAGGCCAUGGCCAUAUCUAAGCACGCGGUUCCCUUCAGGGCAGGAGAGGAAUGCGGUUCGCGAAGCGGAUAGCCACCUGGAAGCAGAGGCAGAUGCCUUGAGGAUUCACCCAAUCCAAUAA